AUGAUGGCUGAAUCAAGCGCGAAAGAGAUGGAAGCGAAUCAGGUUUCCGCGGCUGGCGAUCAAACCGCUAAGGCUGAUGAUCGAUAUGUUAUUAUUGACAGGGGCGUUAAGCGACAUUUGCUCAAUCGCCCGUGGACACUUUGGUAUGAUUCGGUUUCUACGUAUGAUUGCAAACAAUGGGAGCUUUCUCUUAUCGAGGUGAUGACGGUACGCACGGUGGAGGAUUUCUUCGCGAUGCUUCACUACUGUAAACCUCCCCAUGUCCUCCGUGUUUCAGCACAGUACCAUUUUUUCCGUGAGGGCGUUAAGCCAAUGUGGGAGGAUCCCAACAACAAAGCUGGUGGGAAGUUGUGGGUGAGCCUCGAUGAUAAAACCAUGACGGACAAGAGUGGAGCUGCAGGUGGCGGAAAGACGAGAAAGGAUAAUGGUGCCGAUGCGGAUAAGAAACCAGAACUGGACACCGUUUGGGAAAAUGUGCUCAUAGCUCUGGUAGGUGAGUAUCUUGAUUAUGGUGUGGAGGGAGAACACAUUAUGGGUGUCGUGUUGACAAAGCGGAAAUACUGCAAUCGCAUUGCGCUGUGGCUAAAAGACGCAUCGGACUCCGACGCCGUUGCUGCCAUUGAAAAGCAGUUGGUGAAGGAGGCGGGUUUAUUACCCGCAACGAAACCCAUCUUCACAGCCCAUGGCGCUAGCAAGGCCUAA